AUGCCACUUGAUGGCCAAGUGCUAUCACGCGACAUCUGGAUCGAAAUAGCGACGUUUCUAACUUACGGAGACCUCUUGAGUGUGAGAUCUUGUUCCACAUGGCUUAACAAGGUGAUUACCAGUGAUGAGGUAUGGAGACCUAUUUGCGAACAACGAUGGCUGAAGAAUGAUUACAAAGUUUUUGCCAACUACAGGAAGCGCGCCGAGACGAAUGGCUUUAAGUGUUUGUUUGAUUUCUUUAAGUAUAGAAAUCACAUAGACGAGACCAUUGUUAAGACGCUGCGGAAGCUUGGUCAGGGUGACGAUGAUAUUCGACAUUACUGGGAUUCUUUCAGGUCUCUCAUGGAUUAUGGGGAUCUGAUUAUGCCAUUGUUGACGGAAAACAGUCGGAAUGGAUAUACUGGGACCCAUGGGGCCCAUGGACCUCACAAUGAAUCUUUCGAGUUCACGUUUCUCGCCAACCAAUUGCUUACAGCGAUGCAGCAUGGUCUCGUGUUUGAUCUGAUCAAUUGUUGUAGCGGAGACGCAACGACGUUGGAGUGGGUCCAUUACGCGGAAGAAACGGUUUUCCUCCCAUUUUCUGCUUUGGAUUUGAGUUUUAACUUGCUUCUACCGCAUAGAUCUUCGUGUUUUAAUGAAGUCAACGACGCAUUACACCAGAGCUUCAAAAAUUGGUCAGAGUUUAAAAGUUUGCCCAGCACGCUGAAAGUAGAUAGAGUUAUGAAGCAUCUUUUUCAAGUUUUGACAAACAGGAGAAACCCACAGUGGGAUUCGCUCUCGCGGUUUUACUUAGACGAUUUUUUCUUGCUUCGGGUGUACGCUGGUGAGGCCAGGGGCCAUCCGUUGGUGCUGUUGGCAAUUAUACAGGCGUUCGCGUCCUUUUACGGCAUAGAAGCUAUUCUGUGCGAAGAAUUCUUGAUUGUGCGAGACGAAAAAGUACGUUCGGGCCAGACUUAUAUUACGGUUUCACAAGCGGGCAGGCCCCGCAUAUUUACUCAAAAGGGGCUCAUCGAAUCCAUGUGCCGUAUUUUCCCCAGCCGACAAGCGGUACUGAACACUGUGAUUCCGCGACUGUGUCAACCACUCAAAACCAAGAGUUUACUCACCAAAUUGUUCGACGAAUGGUACCCUUAUUGCAAGAAAUCGUAUUGGAAGGCAUUGCCCGGGAGAAGAUGCGAUUUGCUUUCAAAAGCUAUGCCCCAUAGUUUGACGCCUGCCUCUCCAGCUGUGUAUGAGUACGCACAGGCAUACUGGAAAAUUAAUCAACUACCGCCACACCCGUCGUUCCGAGCCGUGGGGAAAGCCCGAUUCGCAAGCUACAUCCUAGAACAAUUCCCUCACGACUAUCCAUUACUUCAAAGCCUAAAAUUUAUAAGUGACAGCCAACUACCCAAGGUUCCAAAGGACAUCAAGGUUAAACUGUUCUCCACCAAAUACCUGAUCACAGAGGGCUCCAUUGAAGACACAGGCAAAUUUGCAAUCGAUAGCCGAAAUGAACAACAGAGUUAUAUUGUCAUUGCGACGAAAAACAGCGAAAAUGGGAACACAUAUUACAUGUUACUCGAUUUUUUGGGAGAAAUCAUCGUUUCACUAAAGGAAGACUUUCGACUGGCAGAUAAGACUACGAGCGAUGCGAUUUGGCAUAAAAUGCGCCAAUAUUUGAAUUUCUCAGAUCUUGGACUCUUUUUCACUCGCUACGAUCAAACCAAGUGCAGAUUGGUUCCAUCAAAUUCUUACGCAGAGUACCUGAAAGCUUGA